CCUCCUACAGCCAGAGCCAUCGCACUUCUGCUGGCCGCUGCCCCCACCGUCCAAGACGCGCAGCCCGGCGUCCUACAUCAAUUGCUGGAAUUCUCUCACCGCUAUGCCACGCAGGCACUCUCCGAUGCGCUCAUAUACGCUGAACACGCGGGGCACUCGGGGAAGGUAGAGCUGGAGGACGUGACCCUCGCCGUGCAAGCACGGGUCGGCUGGGAGUUUGGUGGCAGGGUCCCGAAAGACUACGUGCUCUCGCUUGCCACCCAGACCAACUCCGUCCCGCUGCCUCCUGUGCCGGAGGUCUUCGGAGUGCGCCUCCCU